AUGGCAAGCGGAAAAGGGGAAAGCGCAACGCAAAGGUACGCAGAGUGCCUGGCAAAGCUAUAUCAAACGCACUCGCUAAAGCUGGGACUAGAAAGGACGAAACAGCUAAGCGAGUGCUUCGACAACCCAGGGGAUACCUACCAGACGGUUCAUGUGGCUGGCACGAAUGGAAAAGGAUCCGUGUCCUACAAAAUAAGUAUGUGUUUAAAAGUGCGCAGCUAUACAGUGGGUCUCUUUACAUCACCACAUGUACUCUCCAUUCGAGAAAGGAUUAAAGUGAAUGAUGAGUGUAUAAGUGAGGAGGACUUUGUCCAUCUCGUUGAAGAAAUUUGGAGAAAAUCAGAACAGCUGGACGUAAAGCCAACCUUUUUUGAAAUCGUAACAUUGGUUGCAUAUCUGUUUUUUAAGUCGAAGAAGGUAGAUUAUGCAGUGGUAGAGACAGGGAUUGGAGGUCGCCUAGAUGCAACAAAUAUUUUGAAAAAACCCGAGUUAGUUGUUAUCACUUCCAUCGGUUACGAUCAUCAGGAGUUGUUAGGAACUCAGCUGAAUUCUAUUUGUGAUGAAAAAAUGGGGAUAAUUAAGGAAGGCACACAUGUAGUCAUAGGUCCAUCUGUCUCGAUAUACAAAAAUAUAUUCAAGAGAGCCAAGGACUUGAACUGUGUGCUCAAGGUCGUUCCACCAGAACCUCGUGGAGAGUCCUUUGAUGAGGAAAACACAAGAAUAGCAACAGAGGCGCUGAAGAUGCUAAAAGUGGACGUUUCUUUAGAUCCCAUUUUGAAAUCCGUUAUCUGUGUUAAGCCUCCACUAAGGAUGCAGUACCUUGCUAUUGAACAGAUUCAACAUGUGAAGAAGAAAAUUUUUGCGUCUUCUGGAGCCGGAGAGAAGGUGGCUUCUUGGCUGGAAGGCGCCGGCAAGGGGGGCUCUCCGGGAGGCAACCUCUACACACGUGGCACCAUCCCCCUGAUUGUGAAAAACGCCUUCCUGGAGAGCUGCAAGGACAACUCCAUUUUACUUUUCUGUGGAACCUUUUUCAUGUUCGAUGAAGUUUUGCCUGUCUUUGAUAUCCACUCGGGGCGAACCAGGCGAGAACAGACGAGACCGGGCAAGCCCAACGCGAGGGACAGGGCCAGCGGUAGGGACAGGAGCAGGGCCGCUCAUUAUUCCCCCGUCAAUUUCUAA